AUGGGUCUUGUAGGUUUUUCUAUCAGUCUGCAAGUUUUCCUCAGCACAUGUCUGGGACUUGAGUUUUUAGGUACACCAGGUCAGUGGGCACGCUUCCUCCGCUGGGAUGCCAGCACCCGCGGUGACCUCAGCUUCCAGUUCAAGACAGAGACCUCGGAGGCGCUGCUGCUGUACUUUGACGAUGGUGGCUACUGUGACUUUCUGCAGCUGUCAUUGGUGGAGGGACGACUGCAGCUUAGUUUCAGCAUCGACUGUGCUGAGACCACUGUCAUGUCUGACAGAAGGGUGGAUGACGGCAGGUGGCACUUUGCCAGUCUGAGCAGGUAUAACCUGCGCACAGUGCUAGUACUGGAUGGCCAGGCCAAAGCAGAUGAGGUGCGGCCGCAGCGUCUCUUCAUGAAAAUAGUCAGCGAUCUGUUCCUGGGUGGAGUGCCUCAGGAUAUCCGCCAAGGUGCGCUCACACUGCCCACGGUGCAAAACAUGCAGCCCUUCAGGGGCUCAAUUAUAGACCUCGAAUAUGGCAUCUCACACCCCCUAUUCCUGGGAAGCCUUAAGGUUCCCCUGGAGUCAGAAGGAUGGUGCACGGUGAACCCGUGUGAGAAUGGAGGUACAUGCUCGGUGAUGGAUGGAGAGCCCGUCUGUGACUGCUCCAAAACCGAAUACAAGGGCCGCUUCUGCAGUGAAGAGGUCAACAACAAUAUGCCAGGCUUUGCACAUAUGAUGGCAGAACAAGCUAAAAGCAAAGCCAGGGAAGAAAAUGUGGCCACUUUCCGUGGCUCAGAGUACUUCUGCUACGAUCUCUCGCAGAACCCCAUCCAGAGCAGCAGCGAUGAGAUUACGCUAUCUUUCAAGACGUGGCAGCGCAACGGCCUCAUCCUCCACACCGGCAAGUCAGCUGAUUACGUCAAUCUGGCACUGAAAGACGGCGCCGUCUCCCUUGUUAUCAAUCUGGGCUCCGGAGCCUUUGAGGCCAUUGUGGAGCCAGUCAAUGGGAAGUUCAACGACAACUCUUGGCACGAUGUCAAAGUGACCCGCAACCUUCGGCAGGUCACAAUAUCAGUGGAUGGGAUUCUGACCACUACGGGUUACACCCAGGAGGACUACACGAUGUUGGGCUCUGAUGACUUCUUCUAUGUGGGUGGAAGCCCCAGCACCGCUGACCUACCUGGAUCUCCAGUCAGCAACAACUUCAUGGGUUGUCUCAAGGAGGUGGUGUAUAAGAACAAUGACAUCCGUCUUGAGUUGUCCCGCCUGGCUCGCAUUGUGGACCCUAAAAUGAAAAUCCAGGGUGAGGUAUCCUAUAAGUGUGAGAAUGUGGCCACUCUGGACCCCAUUUCUUUUGAGACCCCCGAGGCCUACAUCAGCCUCCCAAAGUGGAACACCAAGCGGAUGGGAUCCAUCUCUUUCGAUUUCCGCACAACCGAGCCCAAUGGCCUCAUCCUCUUUACCCAUGGCAAACCUCAGGAGCGCAAAGAUGCUGUCCGCAGCCAGAAGAACACCAAGGUGGAUUUCUUUGCAGUAGAGCUGCUGGAUGGCAGCCUGUACCUUCUGUUGGACAUGGGCUCAGGGACUAUCAAGGUAAAGGCAACCCAGACAAAGGUCAAUGAUGGUGCCUGGUAUCACGUGGACAUCCAGAGAGACGGUCGCUCAGGGACCAUAUCCGUAAACAGCAGAAGGACCCCAUUCACAGCAAGUGGUGAAAGUGAGAUUCUGGACUUGGAGGGCGACAUGUACUUGGGGGGGCUUCCCAGUGACCGCACCAACCUCAUCCUGCCCACAGAGCUCUGGACGGCGAUGCUCAACUAUGGCUACGUGGGCUGUAUCCGUGACCUUUUCAUUGACGGUCGAAGCAAAGACAUCCGUCAGAUUGCUGAGGCACAAAAUGGCGCUGGCAUCAAACCCUCAUGCAACAAGCAACCUGGCAAGCAGUGUGAGAGCUACCCAUGCAAGAACCGAGGAGUCUGCAAAGAAGGCUGGAAUAGAUUCAUCUGUGAUUGCACUGGCACUGGCUACUGGUCACGCACCUGUGAGAGAGAGGCUUCCAUCCUUUCCUAUGAUGGCAGCAUGUAUAUGAAGGUGGUGAUGCCGACAGUCAUGCAUACUGAGGCUGAGGACGUCUCCCUGCGUUUCCGCUCCCAGCGGGCCUAUGGCCUCCUCAUGGCCACCACUUCCCGAGAAUCGGCCGACACGCUCAGGCUGGAGUUGGACGGCGGUCGCGUCAAACUCACGGUCAACCUAGACUGUAUCAGGAUAAACUGUAACUCCAGCAAGGGACCGGAGACCCUGUAUGCCGGGCAAAAGCUCAAUGAUAAUGAAUGGCAUACAGUGCGAGUGGUGCGUCGCGGCAAAACCUACAAGCUAACUGUUGACGAUGAUGUAGCAGAAGGACAAAUGGUGGGCGACCACACUCGCCUGGAGUUCCACAACAUCGAAACGGGCAUCAUGACAGAGCGUCGAUUUGUUUCCAGCAUCCCAUCCAGCUUCAUUGGUCAUCUGCAGAGCCUUAGAUUUAACGGCAUGCUCUACAUCGACCUGUGCAAGAAUGGUGACAUUGAUUAUUGCGAGCUCAAUGCACGCUUUGGGAUUCGUUCUAUCAUCGCCGACCCUGUCACCUUCAAAUCCAAGAGCAGCUAUCUGAGCCUGGCCACCCUGCAGGCCUACACAUCCAUGCACCUCUUCUUCCAGUUCAAGACCACCUCCCCAGACGGCUUCAUAAUCUUCAACUCUGGAGAUGGCAACGAUUUUAUCGCUGUAGAACUGGUAAAAGGAUAUAUCCACUAUGUUUUUGACCUUGGAAAUGGGCCCAACCUCAUCAAGGGCAAAAGUGACAGGGCAUUGAAUGACAACCAGUGGCACAAUGUGGCCAUCACCCGAGACAACAGCAACACCCACACACUGAAAGUCGAUGCUACAGCCACUAGUCAGAGUAUCAAUGGGGCCAAGAAUCUGGACCUGAAAGGUGAUCUGUUCAUCGCAGGACUGGGACCAGGCAUGUAUAGCAACCUGCCUAAACUGGUGGCUUCCAGAGAAGGCUACCAGGGCUGUUUGGCAUCAGUGGACCUCAACGGUCGACUGCCUGAUCUCCUCAAUGAUGCCUUGUUUCGCAGCGGGCAGAUUGAGCGUGGAUGCGAAGGUCCCAGCACCACCUGUCAGGAGGACUCCUGUGCAAACAUGGGUAUUUGUAUCCAGCAGUGGGAGAACUACACCUGUGAUUGCUCCAUGACCUCCUACACUGGCACACAGUGCAAUGACCCUGGCACGACAUACAUCUUUGGCAAAGGAGGGGGCCUCAUUACAUACAAGUGGCCAGCUAAUGAGAGACCCAGCACCAGGACAGACAGGCUGACAGUCGGCUUCAGCACCUCCCUGAAAGAUGGCAUCCUGGUCAGGAUUGAAAGCGCACCUGGUCUGGGGGAUUAUCUCAUGCUGCACAUUCAACAAGGCAAAAUUGGAGUGACAUUCAACAUUGGCACAGUGGAUAUCAGUGUGCAGGAGAGCAGUACCCCAGUUAAUGAUGGGAAGUAUCAUGUCGUUCGCUUCACCAGGAAUGGUGGCAAUGCUACACUCCAGGUGGAUAACUGGUCAUUCAAUGAGCACUUCCCAACAGGUAACAGUGACAUUGAACGCUAUCAAAUGGCCAAUAAGAAAAUUCCUUUCAAAUACGCCAGACCAGUAGAAGAGUGGCUGCAAGAGAAAGGACGGCAGCUAACAAUUUUCAACACUCAAGCAACAGUCGCAAUUGGUGGUAGUGAUUACGGCCGGCCCUUUCAGGGUCAACUGUCUGGCCUUUAUUACAAUGGCCUCAAAGUGUUGAACAUGGCUGCUGGGGGCAACCCCAACAUCAAGAUUAAUGGAAGUGUGAGGUUGGUAGGUGAUGUGCCCAGUGUAGCAGGCUCAGGCAGGAGCACAGCCAUGACUCCAGAGAUGUCCACUACCUUCAUUGAGACUACUACCAUGAUGUCUACCACUACCACACGAAAACACAGAUCCUCCUCAACUGUACAGCCUGCGGCAGAUGACAUUGUGUCAUCUGCAGAGUGUUCGAGUGAUGACGAAGAUCUGGAGGAGUGUGAAACUAGCCAUGCAGGUGGGCUAGGAGCUGAGUUAGUCAUCCCAGUACUUCAGGAUCCAUUAGCGCACCCCUCUGUAGCUCCUCGUACACCCUUCAUUCCCACUCCCUCAACACACCACUCACUCCUCACCAUUGUUGAGACCACCAAAGAGUCCCUGUCCAAGGCCACUGAGGCGGGGGUACCUUGCUUGUCGAUCCGAGGCAGCGAUGAUUGUGAUGAUGAUGGCUUGGUGAUAUCGGGGUAUGGCUCUGGGGAAGCGUUCAAGUCUAACCUGCCCCCUACUGAUGAUGAAGAUUUUUACACGACCUUCUACUUGGUAACAGAUAAGACCUCAUCCACGUCAGGCUUUGAAGGUGGCUACAAAGCUCACGCACCCAAGACUUUUAGACCUAACAAUCCUUCAAUCCCAAUCUCCAAACGUGUUAGGACUGCCACUACCGCCACACUACUAACCGCCGACCAGAGCCGCACCACCGCCACCUCUGCCUCCACCGCACCCCUCAACAAUCCUCCGGCCAAACAGCCGGCUGGCAAAAUGAAUAACCGCGAGCUAAAACCCCAGCCCGACCUAGUGUUGCUUCCAUUGCCCACAUCCUUUGAGGUAGACAGCACCAAGCUGAGGGGCUCAUUAAUAACCUCCCAAAUGUUCCGUAAUAUACCCACAGCACUCCCCACAGAGCCCGGCGUCAGGCGAGUUCCAGGGCCCUCGGAAGUGGUCCGUGAAUCUAGCAGCACCACCGGGAUGGUCAUCGGAAUUGUGGCGGCCGCAGCCCUGUGCAUCCUCAUCCUUCUGUAUGCCAUGUAUAAGUACAGGAACAGGGAUGAAGGCUCCUACCAGGUGGACGAGAGCAGGAACUACAUAACCAACUCAGCUGUGCAGAGCAAUGGCGCUGUUAUGAAGGACAAACAGCAGAGCUUGAAAGGCAGCAACAAGAAACAGAAAAAUAAGGAUAAGGAGUACUAUGUGUGA